UGAAGGCGGAACUGGGAAACGCUCUGUCUGAAGGGAAGCAAGAGAGAGUCAUUACACGAAUAUUUGGAAUUCCACUUCCGUUUGUUGGAAUUCAAGAAGUCUCCACAACUUUAAAUCAGCUAUUCGUUCUGCACGUCUAGAUAAGAGGCGCAUUUAUUGUGUUGCUUAUCAAAUGGCUUCUUCACCGCAGAAAUCACCGUCCUCACCGAAAUCGCCUUCCUCCAGAAAGAAAGAUGACUCUUUUCUUGGGAAACUUGGAGGAACUUUAUCAAGAAGGAAAAAGGCAAAAGAAGUGUCUGAGCUUCAGGAAGAGGGAAUGAAUGCGAUUAACCUGCCUCUCAGCCCCACACCAUUUGAGCUGGACCCUGAAGACACCAUGCUUGAUGAGAAUGAAGUACGUACCAUGGUUGAUCCCAACUCAAGAAACGAUCCCAAACUCCAAGAGCUAAUGAAGGUGCUCAUUGAUUGGAUCAAUGACGUGUUGGUGGGAGAGCGAAUCAUUGUUAAGGAUCUAUCUGAAGACCUCUAUGAUGGGCAGGUUCUUCAAAAACUAUUCGAGAACCUGGAGGGAGAGAAGCUGAAUGUGGCUGAGGUGACUCAGUGUGAGAUCGCUCAGAAACAGAAGCUGCAGACCGUUCUGGAAAAGAUCAAUGAUGCUCUCAAAGUUCCCUCCAGGAACAUUAAAUGGAAUGUUGACUCUGUUCAUGCUAAGAACAUUGUGGCCAUUCUUCACCUGCUGGUGGCUCUUUCUCAGCAUUUCCGGGCCCCUAUCAGACUGCCAGACCAUGUGUCCAUUCAAGUUGUAGUGGUCCAGAAACGAGAGGGAAUACUUCAGUCUCGGCAGAUUCAGGAGGAAAUUACAGGCAACAUAGGGGCAUUGUCUGGAAGAUAUGAGCGUGACGCCUUUGAUACCCUUUUUGACCAUGCGCCAGAUAAACUGAAUGUGGUGAAAAAGACUCUUAUCACAUUUGUGAAUAAGCACUUAAACAAGUUGAAUCUGGAGGUGUCAGAGCUGGAAACUCAGUUUGCUGAUGGCGUGUACCUGGUCUUACUGAUGGGACUCCUAGAAGGAUACUUUGUGCCCCUCUAUAGCUUCUUCCUCAUCCCUGAAAAUUUUGAUCAUAAGGUGCACAAUGUUUCAUUCUCCUUUGAACUGAUGCAAGAUGGCAAUAUGGAAAAGCCAAAGCCUAGGCCAGAAGACAUUGUCAACUGUGACCUCAAGUCCACACUGAGGGUCCUCUACAACCUCUUCACCAAGUACAGGAAUGUGGAGUGACAGAGAAGCUCUACCCGGCAGAAAUGUCUUGAUUUAAUCAAACUACCAAAAUGCUCAACCCACAGAUAUCACAUCCUUAUCAGUAUUUUUAUUUUUUGUAUUUCUUUUUUAUGUUUAAAAUUGAGUAUGUAUAUUUAUUCAGUCCACAAGAUGAUUUAAAAAUAUAUCAUUUUAUGAUGAAUAUGGUCAUGAAAAUAUAUGGAAUAUAUUGUAAUAUCAUUGUAUUUUGUUUUCCCUGCUUGAUUUUCGUGUACAUUUUUUCCAAAUCACUGGUCACUUUGCUAUUUUUGCUAUAAUGGUGUCACACACUGUCUUUGAUCAGCAUUAUCAAUGCACUAGCAAUGCCAAGCUACUGGGUUUGAGUCCGAGGAGAUGCAUGAACUGAUCAGCUGUCUACCUGAAUGCAAUGUAAGUCACAUGGAUUUGUCUACCAAAUGCAUAAAUUUGUAUAAUAUAUUUUUUUUAUGAUAGCAGAAAUGUUCAUAUAAUAAAAAUGAAUUGCUGUACUAUGAGAAAUAUCAGACAGUGGGAGAAUUAUAUUCCAUGCACAAGUUUCUAGACUUAUUUUAAUGUUUUAUUUUGAGCAUGAUUGGAAAAUGAACCUUUUAUGAAUUCACCACAUGUAACUAUUUCCUGUGUACCAUAAACGGAAAACCAUCUAAAGAAGAGGAAUCUUCUCUCACACUUUCACAAAGAAAACCACCCUUUAGUUGAUUAUCAAUCACCACUUACAUAGAAUAUUUGUACACUGUAAAAGAAAUUCUGUAAAAUUUACAGUAAAAAAAAAAAAAAAAAAAAAAAAAAAAAACGGCAGCUGUGGUUGCCAGAAUUUUACACAAAAAAAAUACGGUAGCAGCAUUUUAGGUUUUAUGGUUUUAACUUAAAUUUACAGUUAAAUACCGUCAUUUCAUUAACUGAUAUAGGCCUAAUGUUAAUAUACCAACCUACUGAAGUACAGAAAUCCAUUUUGCACCUUUGUAAUAUACUGAUAUCCACCAAAUUUAAAUAAUAACAUAUAUAGAAGGUGCACAGUGUCACAAUGUACUCACCCCCUUGUCAUCCAAGAUGUUCAUGUCUUUCUUUCUU